AUGUCCCACUGCUUGGGCGACAAGUCUUGGGAGACGCCGAUCGGGGCAGUUGCAGAGGCUUCUUUGGACGUGCUCGACUUCGUUGAGACAAUCUAUGGUGACAUUGUAGAGUUUGGUGGGCAGGGCCCGGACACCAGCCGAAUAAACGCGGAAGGGAACAUCUACCUCAAAACAAACUUUCCAAAGCUGACGUACAUCAGAUCAGCCACAAUUCUUGAUGACGGCGCUGACUUCCAAGGCGGUGCGCAGGCCGAGGUUCAGGAAGACCCCAGUUCUGCAAGCCGUGCGGCGAGGGAAGCAGAAGGUGUGGCAAGGGCAAAUGCGAACUCCGCUCAACAUGCCUUGCAGCAGGCCCAAGUUGCUGCAGCGGCAGACUCCGUGGAGGAACUGCGGCAAGCAGCCAGGCGAGCGCGGCAAGCGGCUGACGCUGCAGAGGCGGCGGCCAAGGCCGCGGAGGCUGCCUUGGCUGCUGCAGAGGGGAAGCAGGCUUUUUCUGCUACUCACUUCAAUCCGACUCCGCAGAUGCAGCCGGCUUUGCCAGCUGUAGGGGCGCCGCAGAUGGCCCCACAUCCCGUGCAUCCGAUGGUGCCAUCACCAUGUCCAGGUCAGCCACAGCGAAUGCUGAGCAACAUGGUCCCUGUUGUUGGGAAUCCGGCUGCUCAGGCCUUUCACCCUGCCCAUGCAGCACCACCGAUGCAACAGAUGCCUCUUAGACCAUUGUUGCCGAAUGGCCAGGCUAUGGGGCCUCCUCUCAUGGGACUUCCCGGCUGCAGACCCACUCCUCCACAAGUUGCACAGGGGGCGUUCCCUGUGAUGAGCAACGGCUGCUGUGGAGUUCCCCAAGCAAUGCCACAAACGAUGCCUCAGGUGCGACCUUGCCAGCCACCUCCGAUGGACCUCACCUGA